AUACGGGUCCAAGAUGCAUUUGCUGCUGCAAAACUGCUGGCUUUGGCUUUGAUAAUUCUCCUUGGCUUCAUUCAAAUUGGAAAAGGCGAGGUCUCCAAUUUAAGCCCCCAGUUUUCAUUUGAAGGCACCAAGUUAGAUGUUGGGAACAUUGUGCUGGCUUUAUACAGUGGCCUCUUUGCCUACGGGGGCUGGGAUUAUUUGAAUUUUGUCACAGAGGAGAUGAUAAACCCUUACAGAAACUUGCCACUGGCCAUCAUCAUUUCACUUCUUCUGGUCACCUUAGUGUACGUCCUGACAAACCUGACUUACUUCACCACCUUGUCCACUGAGCAGAUGCUGAGUUCAGAAGCUGUGGCCCUGGACUUUGGAAACUAUCACCUGGGCGUCAUGUCCUGGAUCAUCCCUGUCUUCGUGGGCCUGUCCUGCUUUGGAUCAGUCAAUGGCUCCCUGUUCACCUCCUCCAGGUUGUUCUUCGUAGGUUCCAGGGAGGGCCAUCUGCCUUCUGUCCUUUCCAUGAUCCACCCCAAGAACCUGACGCCGGUGCCAUCCCUAGUGUUCACGUUCACCCUGCUCUACGCUUUCUCCAAUGACAUCUUCUCCGUCAUCAACUUCUUCAGUUUCUUCAACUGGCUUUGUGUGGCCCUAGCCAUCAUUGGGAUGAUCUGGCUCCGGUUUAAGAAACCAGACUUGAACAGACCCAUAAAGGUGAACUUCAGCCUGCCCAUCUUUUUCAUCCUGGUCUGCCUGUUCCUGAUUGCUGUCUCUUUCUGGAAGACUCCGGUGGAGUGCGCAAUUGGCUUUGUCAUCAUCCUCACGGGAAUUCCGAUUUACUUCAUUGGCGUCUGGUGGCAAAACAAGCCAAAGUGGCUGCUCCAAGGCAUCUUCUACACGACAGUCCUGUGCCAGAAGCUCAUGGAGGUGGUUCUACAGGAGUCCUGAGGUCGCCCCGACCCACCUUCCGACAAGCAGGCGUGCGCCCGGCCCUGCCUCCCCUCCUCCCGCCUGGGCGGCCUGCCGGCACACUCCCUUCCUCUGCU